CUUCUGGGCGAAACUAAUAGGGGUUCUCUGUGAUAUCACUCGCUUCUACUUUCCGACCGAUUCCGCUAUGGACUCCAGCUCCGACGACGAGUUCGUUCUUCUCCGGUGGAGUAACCCGAAAUCGACGGAGUCACUCGACGGCCACCGAGAAAUUAUCAUUUCAGCGGCGGAUAUCGAUAGCUGGGACUCGCCUGCUCUCGUCCGCUACGCGACGGUCAAAAUCCGAGCUCAGCGUAGCAGGCUUGUCGAGAGUUGUUCGUAUUUUCGCGGCCUGCUCGGCGGAAGCUUCCGUGAAUCGAACCUGAACGGCGUCUCGAUCGAGUGGAGUUUGGAGCCUUUUGUAAGCGUUUUGAAGUGUGUGUAUUGCUCUUCUUGCUCGGUGGAUGUGAUGCCUCGGAAUUUCCUUUCUCUUCUAGAGGCUGCAAUGUACUUUGGGGAAGAGACACUUCUCUUGAAGUGCAAGAAUUGGAUAUCUGAAGCUGAGUUACUUGAAGUGCAAUUGGAUGAUCUAAUUGAGUUUUGGAAGUUCGGUUUAGAGCAUGCAAUCGAUUUUCUUUCAGAAGUUUCUGUGGGCUAUCUUGCAAGGAAAUUUGAGUUGAUGCGGUCUAGUAAAUCUUUCGGAGAUGUUCCAUAUGCUUUGUUGUUGUCUUGCAUUAAGCAUCCCGAUUUGACAAUAGAUAGUGAAAAGCAUCUAGCUGAUGCACUUUUACAUUGGGUUGGCUGUAAUGUUGAGCCGUUAGGAUCUUCAAGCAAAGGCCAAAAUGUCUGUUCUGAAGUUCUAAAGGAGAUCCGAGUUUGCCUCCUGCCAUUGCCAUUUGCUGCAGGAAAGAGGCGUUCUAGGUAUUUUUCAGCGCUUGCAGAUAAAAGUACUGACACAAUUAUUAGACUGAUGAAAGUUCCUCCUGCACAAAUGUUGGAUGCGCUGGAACAUGCUCACAUGGGGAAUGUUAGAAUAAGAUUGACAGAAUACUCUAAGAAGGUCGACCUUUCAGGUUGCCCACAAAUUAAUUCAGCCCUCUUGUUGCUAUCACUGCUUCCCUAUUCAUAUGUUAUGGAACCUUCUUUGAAGAAGAGUGUUAGAGAAACUAUGGUCAGCCUUGAACGUUUUAACAAAAAUCAAAGUCAGGUUCCCCAGUCCUUACUUCCAAUUCUCUCUUUGAAAGCAGUAGAAGAGGUGGAUAUAUCUAAUUGUCCAAGCUUACAUCUUGAAGCUGCAAUAGAGUGCUUCUCCAUUUCAUUCCCCUGCUUGAAAAAAGUAAAAGCAUCAUAUCUUUUGAACUUCAAGCAAAGAACAUUUCAUAAAUUGCUGGAGAAGUGCCUUCUCGUAGAUGAACUCGACUUGACUGUUGAUUCUACUCCACUCAUACCGGGACAAGUGACUGUCAUGUCUUCUAGCGUUGUCACCUCACCAUCGUCUACCUUUCCAUAUGCUAGAGUUCUGGAUUCUUUGUUUACCAAUUCAAAUAUCACAAGACUCACUCUAGAGGGCAGAAGUGAAAUAAAAGAUCUGGAUCUCCAGCAUGUGUCAAAGCUCUGUGCAACUUUGCAUCACCUUAACCUUAAGGGCUGUGUUUCAGUUACUGAUGCUGGAAUCUCAGAUCUCCUGUGGAGAUGUGCCCAAUUAAGCUCUCUUUUAGUUUGCAAUACAUCUUUCGGCUUGAACUCUGUUUCUGCUCUCUGCUCAUCAACUAUUACAAUUGCUACUUCUUCUGAUUCAUACACUGAGCAGAGAGAUUGCCCAUUGGCAUGUAAGCUUCAGGCACUUCAUAUGGGAGGCUGUAAGGGUGUUAAUGAGAGAUCCCUGCUCGAGCUAAUAUCUCGAACAAAUACAUUGAGAGAUCUUUGUUUGAGGGACACUGGCCUUAUGGACACAGCUCUCUAUAGCUUCCCAGGUUUUUCCCUAGAGACACUUGAUGUGUCUAACACUGUGAUAUCUAGAGCAUGUUUGGUUCACAUCGUACGAGCCAAUCCUAUGUUGAAGUCUUUGAAAGUGAGGGGCUGUAGAAAUCUGAUUCCACAAGAAGAUAUCACCAGGAAGUCAGAACUUGCUUCCUCCUAUCCAAUUGUGGAUGUAUAUGCUGAGCUAGGAGAGAGAUGCAUGCUGGAAGAGAUUUCUCUUGGUUGGGGAUUCACUUGCUCCUCAUUCCAAGCUCUCAAACCUGCAAUUGCAUCUUUAAAAUCAUUAACUAUUGGAUUGGGUGCAUCAUUGAGUGAAGACACACUCAGACAACUCCCCAUAACUUGUCCCAUGCUAGAUGUGAUCGUCCUUUAUUUUCAGUUAAUAUCCGAUGAUACCAUUGCAAGCAUUACAACUUCUCUUAGGCACUUGCAAACGCUGGCGCUAUCCUACUGUCUCGGUGAUGUGUCCGUAUCAAGUUUCAGACAGUCAUUGCCACAUUUAACAAAUUUAAGGCUUGAAAGGGUCACUCCUUGGAUGACAAACGAUGACUUGGCAGUUCUUACUCAAAAUUGUGCAAACAUUAGGGAACUGACAUUAGUAGGAUGCAGGCUUCUUGAUGCAGACUCUUUGCAAGCCAUUUCGAGUGGAUGGUCUGGUCUGACCUCCAUCCAUCUUGAGGAAUGUGGAGAGGUAACAGCAAAUGGUGUUUCUCCGCUCUUCAGCUGCAUAGCACUUGAAGAUAUCUUGCUGCGGCAUAAUGGAUCUGGGAUAAGCAAAGACGUCAUUGUUGAUGCUGCUUCAAAGUUGCCAUUGCUUCGAAAGGUAUCGCUGGACCUAUGUGAUGCUCGGGAAGGUGAUUACGAUAUUCCAGAUUAUGCUGGCAGGUGCUUCUUGAGCAGUGUGAAGAUAGCGAGAUGCAAAUCGCCGCAGAAGUUCUGUGCCAACCUGAAGAGUUUCGGAAAGGUGCAUAAAGAGACUUUGGCAUUGGUGUGGAAUAGUGAAAGCCUCACAAGGGCAGUUGUCAAAGAGAGACUUUAACACCAAAGAGAUUGUUUGUAUCGUGAAAGAUACUUCAACACAAAGAAAUUGGUUGUAGUUGUACGCAUCCUUGUCUGAGAGUAGCAUCCUUAAAUCAUCAAAACUACUGCGCUACUGGCUGUAAACUGUAUCAUGAUUCAUGAAAGAUCAAUGAGAUUAUAAGAAAACAAAGAGAAUCUUCUUGGGCCUUCCUCUGACUGAAGCCCAUAAUUUUCUGGCCGUACGGCUACCUCCCUCCGAAACGGCGGCGUAUUCUCGUUCCUUUUGGGCCAUCAAUUAAAUAAAGACGAGGCU